AUGGCCUUGCGUUCUUCGGCGAUCUCUGAGGGAAUGUGGUGGAGGGUCCUCCUCAUUGCCGCCAUCGCCUCUGUCUCCGGCCGCCUCCGCUGCUCCGCCUUCGACUUCGACGUCGGCGGUGACCGCGGCUGGGCUGUCCCCCCCCCAAACAACACCGCCCUCUACAACCAUUGGGCCUCCAAGAACCGUUUCAAGAUCGGCGACAACCUCAGUAUUUCCCUCUCUCCUCUCUCUCUCUCUCUCUCUCUCUCUCUCUCUCUCUCUCUCUCUCUCUCUCUCUCUCUCUCUCUCUCUUUCUCUCGCUAUAUAUAUAUAUAUAUAUCUAUCUAGCUAUCUACCUAGCAGUAUAUAUAUCUCUAUCCAUCUAUCUAUCUCUCUCCUAUCUAUUUAUUUAUCUAUUUAUCUAUACAUCUAUCUAUCGAUCUAUGUAUCUGUAUAUCUGUCUAUCUGUAUUUCUAUCUAUCUAUCUAUCUAUCUAUCCAUCUAUCCAUCUAUCUAGCUAUUUAUAUAUAUAUAGAUAUAUAUAUAGAUACAGAUAUGUAUAUGUAUCUCUCUCUCUUUCUGUGUACCUUUCUCGCUCUGAAGGUUGUGGUGGGGAGUGCAGUGUUCAGGUACAAGAAGGACUCGGUGAUGGUGGUGACGGAGGAGGAGUACGGGCGGUGCAACUCAGAGCAGCCGAUCGUCUUCUACAACAACGGGGAGACGGAGAUGACCCUCGACCACGCAGGCACCUACUACUUCAUCAGCGGCCUCAGGGAGCACUGUCAGAAGGGCCAGAAGAUGAUCCUCAAGGUCCUCGGCCACACGGCGGAGGAGCAGUCGCCCACGUCCUCGCCGCCGGGUAACCAUACCGCCGCCGCCGCCGCUCCGCCGCCGCCCUCCGCCGCAGACAGCAGUGGCGCCGCCGCUUCCUCCACCGUGGGAUUACUCGCCAUCUUGGCAGCGUCCGCUAGCUGCUGCCUCCUCUGA